GUGCAACGUCAUCAAAAGUGGACAAGGUGCAUCUGAGUUAUUUAAACUUUAGGUGUAGCCGUUUCUUGUUGUUGUUGUUGUUGUUGUGGUGGUGUCUGCGGAGUGAAUCGCACGCGCCCGUUCUGAGAGGCGGUGGGACACCAUGGCGGCACUCGCGCUGGGCCCCCUGCGGAGCGCGCUGUGUGGGCGCGCGCUGCCCCUGUCCCCGUGCGUCCGGUUGCGUCCCCGUCUCAAGACUUUUUUGUUGUGCCCCUGCUGUUGUGUCGAGCAGUCAUCAGGCCACGGCGAUGCGUCCCUCAAGGAGAGGCAGCGGCAGCACAUGGCCCGAGGGUUGCCCAAGCAGAAGGCCAUCGCCGGGGUCAAGCAGGUCAUCGUGGUCGCCUCGGGGAAGGGCGGUGUGGGCAAAUCCACCACGGCAGUAAACCUGGCGCUUGGACUUGCAGCUAAUGAUUCGAGUAAAGCAGUGGGGCUCCUGGAUGCUGAUGUCUAUGGACCCUCAGUUCCCAAGCUUAUGAAUUUAACGGGGAACCCUGAAUUAACAGAAAAAAAUCUGAUGAGACCACUAGUGAAUUUUGGGAUACCAUGCAUGUCAAUGGGCUUUCUGGUGGAGGAGACAGCGCCUAUUGUCUGGAGAGGCUUGAUGGUUAUGUCUGCCAUAGAGAAGCUGCUCAGGCAGGUAGACUGGGGUAGCCUGGAUUAUUUGGUCAUUGACAUGCCACCUGGAACUGGAGAUGUUCAGCUGUCCAUCACUCAGAACAUUCCCAUUGCAGGAGCUGUCAUAGUGUCCACUCCCCAAGAUAUUGCUCUGCUGGAUGCUCGCAGAGGGGCAGAGAUGUUCCGCAAGGUCAAUGUGCCGGUCCUGGGAUUGGUUCAGAAUAUGAGUGUGUUCUGUUGCCCCAAAUGCCAGACCAUGACCCACAUUUUUGGUGCAGAUGGGGCCAGAGAGUUGGCAUCCACUCUAGGAGUGAAGGUUCUCGGGGAUGUGCCGCUCCACGUGAACAUCAGGGAGAUGUGUGACAGGGGGCGGCCCGUGGUGGUGUCUUCUCCUGAAAGUCCUGAGGCCGAGGCCUACAGAAACAUAGCGUCUGCAGUCGUGCAGCAGCUGGCAGAGCUUUCCGGUUCAGCGUGACAGCGUGACGCAGAAGGAGCGACAGAACUCGUGCAGCAGCAUUCUGGAAGGUGACCUGUGUGUCGUCAGCAGUUAGCGUCGUGACGGCUCCCUAGCAACGCACAAUUACAUUGGAAUAUGGAAGUUUACUGGAUCAUCUGUGAAUGUAUAAACACAUAAAUGUGUGUUUAUUAAUGAGGACACUGAAAGAAACGCCAUUCCUUUCCACUUGUGCUGUAUUUUAAAUUAUGAUGCAUCUACUUUAAAAAAAAAAAAAAAAUUCUUCGCAGGUGGAAUAUUUAAUGAUUAAACUCAAUUUUUGCACCUUUUGUCUGAAAUAAACAAGUUCUUAUAUUAGUUCUAUUCAUUCUGUUGUCUAGAUAAAACCUACUGUACCUAUUCAUUGUGACUCUGGCUUUCAGCAACUUACCAGGUGAAGGAUUAUAAUGUCUGUGACAAAACAGCCCCUCUGGUUCUGUGGACCACAGGGUGGACUGGACACUCCGUUCAGUUCAUUCCCGGACAAAUCGGUGCAGUUUGCCAUCUUGCUUUCUGCUCAUUCUUUUGUUCUUUUGUCCAGUAGCACUAACAGUGUUUUCUUUGUUUUCUGAGCUCUCCUUGGAUACGUUGAACUCUGGCUUAGAAAUAAACAAAGAAUAUUUUGAAUGGAAC